ACUUUGAACUAAAAUUGGCUUUAAAUAUUCUAUUACAUCACAAACUUUUAAGUUGGUUUGUAUUUUGCAUCGAGAUUGCCUUCCCUAGUUGGUAGUAGAUGGCAAAAAGUAGAAUGGCAAAAGAAGGAAAGGGAAGUUGAAGCUUCAAGUAACAUUCCAUGCAAAGGCAAAUUUAAGCUUCACGAAAUAUUGGCUUUAAUAUAAUCAACCCAGUAACUUUUCAUAUCAUUAAUGUUUUCCAAGAAGGUCGAAUAAAAGAAUGCCACGAAAUCAAAAUAAGUCCAAACAAAUUGGAAAGAGUUGCUUUAAAGCCAUAAAUACAUUCAAAUAUGCAAUAAGAUUGGUACUUGAUGUUCCUUAACAAUAUAGUCCUGUUACUGGAGAGGCAUUGUAGCUAAAGCCAUAAACCUAUACGAGAUGUCACCCUCCUCCAAACCCAAAGCAUAUCCCCCCUGACAGUCUGUAAUUUGCUGUUGAUCGAUGUUAUUUAUUUUUCAUAGGAAACGAUUUCCUUGCUUUUUACCUACCCCUGCUUGAGCUAGCAGCUCCUCGCUAUAUAAAUAAGCCAGCCCCACCGGGCUCGUUCUAUUGCCAACUGGAAAUUCUUGGGUUUUUUGGGCUUAUUGUUACUGUAAACAAAAUUUUGUUUGGGGAAAGAAAAUGAAGCUUGUCUUGGUGACUUUCCUGCUUGUUUCUCUUGUUCUCAGCUCCUCCUUCUUUGAGGUGUCAAUGGCCGGUUCUGGUUUCUGUAACUCCAAGUGUAAGGUGAGGUGCUCAAAGGCAGGGGAAAAAGACAGGUGCUUGAAGUACUGUGGAAUUUGCUGUAAGAAAUGCAACUGUGUUCCAUCCGGGACAUAUGGGAACAAGUAUGAAUGCCCUUGCUACAGGGACAUGAAGAACUCCAAGGGCAAGCCCAAGUGCCCUUAGAUUUUUCAUACAUGUAUUUCUUUUGCAUAACAAUGUACGUCCGUUUGUGGAACUAAACAUCAAGAGUCAUGGAGGAGGUCCCAUCAAAGGUUUUUUUAAUUUAGUAUAUAUUAUUAAAUGAAUAAAUAGGAUCCUCCCAUGGUUUAUGUAUAUGUUGCCUCAUUUGAAUAAUUUCCAUGUACUCUGGUAAUUAUCUAAAGUGAUUAAAUUGAUGAUCGAUCUUUGAACUUGAAAAGCUAAUAAAGACUUGAUCAUGGCAGCUGGCUUGUACUUCACAAUGAUGUACAAGUUCAAGAUCUUCAGUUAAGUUUGUGCCAUUGGGAGAUACUUGUUCAACAUAGUUUUAGGCUCGAGGUUGACUGUUUGUAAUAUUAUUUUUCUAAGCAGAAUUUUGUGCAACGUAGGAUGUAACAAACCAGUUUUGUUUUGUCCCCGGCGAUGUGUUCGCCCUUUCGCCCUUUUCGUUUCGAUUGCCGUUUGAUUCAUGCCACCUGCAUCAAUCCGUUACAAUUUGCCAGAAAAAGGUUUGAACAUCCUCAAGUCCCGACGUCUCUUUCACUAGUGCUCAUAAGGAAAAAAAUCGUCCUCUUUGCCAGUGCUGAGAGAUGUCACAAUUUGUAUACACAACGGUUUGAUCAUGAACAGUAAAAGUGCUGGAAAAGGAGAAAAGUUAGCAGAAAAUGACUCCUUUAUGCUGCUAGAAUUAAUGUUUGCCACCUCAACGACGUAUCCUUUGCUCACUUAUAUGCAAAUUCUUGUGUAAUACUAAGGUUAGUGGGCUUGUUGAGUAGUUUAACUGAUAACUGGCAAAAAAAAGGCAUGUAAAGGUAUCAGUUCCCAGAAGUUCCAGAGCGCAUUAGGAGUUUCUGCCUUCUGGGACAUAAGCCUCCAACAAUAUACUGCAAAGUAGAAUGUAAACAGCAGCCACUAUAUUUGUUUUGCUUGCAUUUGGCAGUUUGAGAUUUUCGAGUAAAAUAAGUUCACGGGCAGCUAGAUUCUACAACCAUUAGAGAAAAUAUCCUUAUUCCUUUACCAAGAUCAUCUAGGAGGCAGCUAGCCAGAGGUCGUGGGUUAUUAUCGAUUGUAAACCAUCCUCAUCCUGCACUAAAGCAGCGGGUGAGGAAGGUUAGAAAAUGGAAAUUGCUCUAGUCCUUACCAUGAAUACCUCAUUUAAUGUGGGGUUAAUGGAAGUCUGGAGUGCAAUUUUCACUCCAUAAAAUCUCAAUUAUUUUCCUUUACUCUAAAAUCUCCAACUUUUUCCCAUCCUUCCGUUCACUUUAUUCAGGGAAGUAAGCUUUAAAGGACAAAACUGUGGAAGGAAAAAGCAGCGCUGCGAGACUGCGACGUACCACAUUCUACCACUUCUUCCUCUUUAUUGGCCAGACCCAAAAUGGAGGGAUUGUUCACGGUGAGUGGGGUCUUCCUCAAUGAGCAAUAGGUGAGAUCGCAAUCAGUGCCAGAACCACAGCGUUGGCAUCUUCGUCAUAGUUCAGGAUGUUUCAAAGCCAAGAGCUGUUGGUCUUCUUUUUUCUACGCUUGCAUCAUCAGAGAUUGGGGUUG